UCUUCAAUCCUCUGCAAGAAAUGCAUGGAUCAAGUCUUCCGCCGUAAGACUCCCAUCUUUUUAACCAUGAAGAUAACUGGUACAGCCUUUGUGCUCCUCAUCCAAACAUUGCAGUGUUUGGCUUCUGAUGAUUCACCAUUUCAACUAACUAACACAGCCACUGGUUUUUGUUUGGUUAAAACUAAUAACCACUGCACUGACAUACGUUGGACAACUGGUGACCGACUUCUUGUUCAGCAAAGGAAGAAGUGCCUGGGAGUCCAGGGGGAAAGCGUGGGGAGUGAAAUAAGCCUCUACGAUUGUGAUGAAAACAGCGAACUCCAAAAGUGGGAAUGCAAGAAUAACACAGUGCUCGCCCUCAAAGGCCGAGAGCUUUACAUUGAGCUCACUGCAGAUAAUACAGCAGUUCUCUCCAAAAUAAUUGGACCCAAUAACCACCUCACAAUCUCAGGGACAUCCAGCGGGGCUUGCACAAGAACAUACAGAGAACUUUAUGCCAUUGGUGGAAAUGCAGCUGGAAUGCCGUGCAUGUUUCCCUUCCUGUACCAUGACCAGUGGUACUCUGACUGCACUACGGCUGACUCCUCUGAAAAGGGUCUUUGGUGUGCAGUUGAAACUAAAUAUCAAAAUGAACGCUGGGGCUACUGCCCAGUUACUUCCAAAGAGGGCUGGAAAAUACACCCAACAACAGGAGCGUUUUACCAGCUCAACGCAGACUCCGCUCUGACCUGGCCCCAGGCUGACACCAGCUGCAAACAGCAGGGGGCCUCCCUGCUCAGUAUCACAAAUCCUCACGAGCAGGCUUAUGUCACAGCAUUACUAGGGACAGGGGGCAAUAAGCUUUGGACUGGGCUGAUUCUGGAUCCAGAACAUGGCUGGAAAUGGUCUUCCGGGAGGCCUUACCGCUAUCUGAAAUGGGACUCAGGACAUCCACUUCCUAAUCCGGGAUACAACUGUGCAAUUUUUGAUCCUGCUGUACAGUACUCCUGGCAAAGUUCACCUUGCAGCAAGAAACUUGGGUAUAUCUGCUACAGUGAAGUGGCUGAGCAACAGCCUACGCAAGCUAUUGAGACAGGAUUUUGUUCAAGUCCUUGGACUCCCUACAAUGGUCAUUGCUUCCACCUCAGUCGCACUCAGAAAACAUGGUCUGAUGCCCAAAGACAGUGUCGUAAUGAUGGAGGAGACCUGGUCAGCAUCCGCAAUGUGGAGGACCAAAGCUUUGUCAUCUCUCAACUUGGAUAUGCAUCCGCUGAUGAGCUUUGGAUUGGACUGAAUGACAGGAAGACAGAGGGGCUGUUUGACUGGAUUGACCACACUACUGUCAGUUUCACUAGCUGGGAAUUCGGGAAACCUUCUGGCCCUUUUGAAAUAAAGGACUGCGUUCUCAUCAGCGGAGAGAAUGGAAACUGGGCUGACCGUGUCUGUGAAGAGAAGCAUGGCUUCAUUUGUAUGAAGAUGAGUGCCUCAAAACCCACUGGAGAUGAAGUGGAGCAGGAUGUCGGCUGCAAACCUGGCUGGAGAAGACAUGGCUCAUACUGCUACUUUAUAAGCACACAGAUCAAAACUUUUGAUGAAGCUAAAGAUGACUGCAAAAGUUCAGGUUCUUACUUAGCUGAUGUUUCAAAUGGGGUGGAUAAUGCAUUCCUCGUCAGCUUGGUGGGGUUGAGACCAGAGAAAUACUUCUGGCUGGGCCUCUCAAACCAGAAAAACAUUGACGAAUUUGAGUGGACCAACACAGACUCAGUGAGAUUUACUCACUGGAAUGCUGAAAUGCCAGGUCACCAACAGGGCUGUGUUGCCAUGAAAACUGGGAUUUUUGCUGGCCUCUGGGAUGUGCUGCCCUGCAACAAUAAGGUGAAAUACAUCUGCAAACACCUGGCAGAGGGCGCGGUUUUGACCCCUCCACCACCCACUCGUGCCCCUACCGGGUGUGUUGACGGCUGGACUCCAAUAGGAUCAAGAAACUAUUGCUUCAAGUUGUUUAAAGAGUCCUCUUCAGAAGAGAGGACGUGGUAUGAGGCCAGAGAUUACUGCAAGGCCAUCGGAGGAGACCUGCUCAGCAUCCACAGCGAAGCUGAGCUACAACUGCUACCAGAACGCCAUGAAAAAGUCUGGAUUGGACUUAGUGCCCCUGACCCAGUCACUGGUUAUGUAUGGAGUGAUGGAUCCCCAGUAAACUUUCAACACUGGGAGGAUGGAGAGCCAAACAAUAAAAACAACGUAGAGUCUUGCACUGAAUUCAAAGUGUAUAAGCGUAGUAGCAGUGGGUCUUGGAACGAUGUGCACUGUGAGACGAGCCAUAACUGGCUGUGCCAGAUCCGUGCAGGAGUGACUCCAAGUCCACCUCCAGAACUUUCUCGAGAUUACAAUAAGACCUCAGACGGGUGGCUGGAAUGGAAUGGGAAUCAGUAUUAUAUUAACAGCAUGUCGAUGGCCAUGGAAGAAGCUCGUCACUACUGCCAGCAGAAGCAUGGUGACUUGGUAACUAUCAACAGUGAAGCUGAAAGUGUCUUUCUGUGGAAACAGAUAUCCAAAAGUUAUAGGUCUUACUGGAUAGGCCUGACUGUAGAUCUUGAUAGUACAUUUGGGUGGAUGGAUGGUUCUCCAGUGGUGUUUCAAAGGUGGGAUGAAAAUCAACCUAACUUCCAAAACAAUGAUGAGAAUUGUGCUGUCAUGACGGGCUCUAUGGGGUUCUGGCAUGAUUAUAAUUGUGGGUAUGAGCACAAAUCCAUAUGUAAACGCAGUGGUUCACCACCUGUCAACACCACUGUAGCACCGACAGUUCCUCCAACAGGUGGUUGUCCACAAAACUGGAAAAAAUUAGACUCAAAGUGUUACAACAUCAUUACCAGCCAGAAUGAGACAUGGGAGGGAGCGAGGACACAGUGCAAUGCAAUGGGAGGAAAUCUGGCCUCAAUUCUUUCAAGACAUGUGCAAGUGUUUUUGACAACUAAAAUGGCUAAGGAACCUACCAAAGACCUGUGGAUUGGUUUGCAUACUAUAAAAGGUGGCCGAUUUUACUGGACUGAUGGGCGACCAAUGAGAUACAACAAUUGGGGAUUUGAAUUGCAGAACCAACAUGAUCGAAUCAUUCACAGGCCUUUUAUGCAUGAUUACGAUUUCUUCACUUUUCAUCGUUUGAAGAUGAUGCAUCGUAGCGCAAGGCUUUCACAAGAGGAAGCUAAUACGAAUCAGUGUGCUGCGAUGACUACCAAUUCCAAAAUUGGUAUUGGAAAAUGGGAAAAAAAGUCCUGCAGUGACACCACUGGAUACAUCUGUCUUCGAAAUGUUGACGCCUCUCUCCCAGACUCCCCUGAACCAACAACUACAGACUAUGUCAAAAUAUUUAACGACUCUAUCAAGUUUGUUACUAAACAAAUGACCUGGCAGGAAGCAAAGAAGCACUGUGAGGGGGAUGGUGCCAAACUGGCUAACCUGCGAAAUGAGUGGACACGGGUCUAUGUUGAGCUAAUGGCGAUAAAAGCUCCUCUGUGGAUUGGAGUGAACAAAAUGGAGACCUCCGGAUAUUUCAGAUAUAUUGAUGGCUGGCCUAUCACCCAAAGCAACUGGGAUGCUUUAGAACCAAGAAUGAACCAACCCUGUGUGUUUGUGAAUGCAGAGGGAAAAUGGAAGACUGCUGACUGCAAUCAGAACAUGACCAGCGUUUGUAUGAAGUCUACAGAUGUGCCACCAACAGUGCCAAGUGAUUUCCCUGGAACUUGCCCUGACGACCCAGAUUCACCCAGAUGGCAGCGUAACAGCUGGUUACCAUUUAAGGGUCAUUGUUACCUCUUUCUCACAGAAAGGGUUGAGUGGCCAGAUGCAUCUGCUAACUGUGUCAGACAUGGUGGAACUCUUGCCAGCAUUGAAGAUCCUUUUGAGCAAGCCUUCAUUAAAAACAGUAUCGACAGAUACAAAGACAUGCAUGAAUCUUUCUGGAUUGGCUUGUAUAAAACUCACAAAGGCAUGUGGAUGUGGUUGGAUAAAACCGCCAUGGAUUACACUAACUGGGGUGAAGGUCAAUAUUCUAGCAACAGUUAUGGAGCAAUUCAAAUCGCAGAUGGAAGAUGGACGACAUUUAGAUCGCGGUAUGACAGACCAUAUAUUUGCAAAACCUCCAAAGUAUUACAUCCUGCACCACCAACAAUUGUAAGUCCUGGGGUGCAUCAUCAAAGCCGUGGACGCAUCAUUUUGGCAGUUGCCCUGGUCAUUGCUGCGAUUGCCGUAGGCCUGGUCAUCGUCUUUUUUCUCUUCAAGAAAUCCGGCCGCCGCUUACCUAUCCCUGAAAAGUUAACAACCUUUGACAACCCACUCUUCUUCAACAAUGAGAGGUCUCAGCCUGAUCUUGUCGACACCAGUAAACUGGUAGCAAAUGCAGAGGAAGAGACCCCUGGCCCUGUUAAAACUGUGUGAUAUAACACCAACAGAAUCUACUGAUCCACAGUAUAGGCAGAGGGUUGAUGGCACUCAUUUGCAUGACUAAGAAUUCAAUUUUCUCUAAACUACUGCUGUAUACCUGCUAGGAUUGUGAAAUGUUCACUAGACAAGGCAAAGAAAUGUUUUCCUGCUGGAUCAUAGUAAAACAGACAGUAACCAUUGCAUGUUAUCAACCUUAAAAGUAUUUUAGAUUACAUUGUGUGUGGAAAUCCUGGUGAAGAUAUGUCUUACAAGUUAGAACUUAAAUAAUUGUAUUAAAAGACAGUAUAAAUAGCAAUCCAUGAAUCUACACUGAAUGUCAUGUGACUUUUUACUAAACUUUACAGAGAAAGCUUAAACGGUUUAUUUUUGGCUUUACUUAGCUUAGAUUUCAUGUUUUUUUUGUUUUCAUUUUGUAUAUUGUUUACAAUUUCAGUUAAUCACUUCUCAUACUCAAAUAUUGUACUUUUAUAUUUUUUACUUUAAUCUGCUGGUGGCUGUUAAUGUUAUGGCAGAAAAUUGUGUUCUGUUACAUUUAAUCUUUUAUGUAUGUUCUAUUAUUACUAUUACUGUUAUGUCUUAGAUAUAUCCUAGAUAUAUAUUGUGUUUUUAUCCUUAACCUUUCCUCUCCUAUACUCCUUAUGUUAGUCUGUCCACAUUUACUAGGGUUUAGGUCAGAGCUGUGAGAUUGUUUUGGUGUUUUCCCUCUCUUGUUGUUCCUCUCCUCUCCAGGAAUGUACAUUCCAGGCAGAGAGAGGAUCUCUGUUCCCUAAAACAUAGAAUCCUAGACUGUCCAGACGCCCAAAGCUAGCAUCAUGAGCAAAGGACUCUGGACCAGCUGUAUAUGUGUUUAAGUACUUCUCUGUUUAUUCUCUUCUGUUAAAUAAAUUCUUCAAAGACAA